GCGGUCGUGUGCGGAUGUCGGUCGAAGCGAGCGAAUAAAAUAAAAGGCGAAAGGAGGAGACGAGAGAGAGAGAGAGAGAGAGAACGUAAAAGAAUCUUAAAAUUGUUUUGAAAAUUGAAAGAAGAAGAUUAUGUGAGAAAUACACUCAAGAAGAAACGUAUUCGUUGUUGUAUUCUUAUUCGUAUUCGUUUUCGUAUUCGUAUUAGAAUUCGAUGUUUAGUGCAUGUGAAAAGUGAAAAUGAAAAUGAGCAUUGGGAAUGGUUUUCCUUGACGUUCGGCAACGGUGUUUGUUGUAAAGCGGAAAAUCAAAUCAAAGAAAAAAGAAAUACGAAAAGAAAGGCAAUUGUGAGUGAGAAAACGGCCGUAUACAAAUAUACAUAAUGUCGAAAAUAUAAAGCUAUUUUUGGAAUAUAUAUUGGACAACGCUGCAUUGGAAAUAAUAUUUCACCGUCUCCUGCUUUAACAAAUUGGCAGCCUGUUGAAUCCAGUUGGCCAUUAGCUUCCGACCCAGUUAACAAUGUCAGCCAAAACGUCGCCGUCGAAUUCGCGUGAUGCCAACGUUGCGGCCGCUGCGGGCGUUGGGGCGUCAAAUGUUGCCAGCGGCAUUGUUCAGAUCAAAAAGGAACUGCCCAGCGAUGAGAUAAAGGAAUUCGCGCAGCACACGAUGAACGAGCUGCUCGGCUGGUAUGGCUUCGAUGGCGUCGAUGUGGAUCGCCUGGAUCUGACGGCGAAGACGUCGCGUUUGCUUCAAAGUGCCGCUGCAGCAGUCGCCACACAACAGCAUCAGCAUCAACAGCAGCAUCAGCAACACCUCCAGCAGCAACAGCAGCAGCAUCAUCGCAAUAGUCACUUGCGAAGUAGUCGCAGUUAUCACAACAACAACAAUAACAACAACAACAACAGCAGUAGCAGCAACAGCAACAACAACGGCAACAAUAGCAUCAACAGUCGCAGCAAGGGGAGCAAUAUAAAUUGCCACAGCAACAUCACAACACCCUCGGAUCACGACACGCGCAGCUCACGUGAGGACGACUCCAAGAGUCCCCACUCAAUUGGCAAGCCGGCCGCAUCAUCGCUGAUGACGUCGCAUGCCGAGGAGAAAAUAGACUUUAGCAACUGCUGCUGGUGCCAUCGGCCAAUCGCGGAGAACGCGCCCGAUUAUCUGACCAGCACCGAUGGACCACGCUACUGCUCGGAGUCGUGCUUCACGCAGAGUCGUCGGGCGUCGUUCAAGAAGGCAAAGACCUGCGACUGGUGCAAGCAUGUGCGGCAUGCGGUGAGCUAUGUGGACUUUCAGGACGGGGCAUCGCAACUGCAGUUCUGCUCGGAGAAGUGUCUCAAUCAGUACAAGAUGCAGAUCUUUUGCAACGAGACGCAAGCGCAUCUCGACAUGAAUCCGCAUCUACGGGAUCAGGGACUGGAGGCAGCUGCCGCUGGCGAUGGCGCUGGACUUAUAACCCCCGAUCUCUGGCUGCGCAACUGUCGCAGUCGCUCAGCCUCGCCAGCGUCGACCAUCUCAGUGUCCCCGGGACCAGGACAAGGAGCAACAACAACUGGUGCGCUCGCCUCGAAACGCAGCUCGCCCAGCCCCACACCACCGCAGCAACCAAGCAAACCUCUGAUCUCAGUGGCGCCCGUGUCUAAGCUGCUGGCGCAGAAGAGUCCAGCCAGCUCCAGCGUAACUGCCUCGGCCACGACGCCAGCGCAGCUGCAGCGUCAUCAUGGCCAUGCUGCCGCCAAGCCGGGUCGUCGCAAGCGUCCGCACCGUGCCGCCGCAGCCGCAGCUGUACCCGAAACAGUCGCCAGUCUCCUCCAGAAGCAGCAGCAACAGCAGCCGGCAACGUUGAGUGCCGACUUUGCGGGCUCCAGUGUGCCGCUGCCUCCGCUUUCCCCCAUGCAGGAGCAGCAGCAACAGCAACAGCAGCAGUCGCAACAACAGCAGCAGGCUCAGCAUCAUCAACAGCCGUUGCCACAGCAGCUGCCACAGCAAUUGGGCCGUCCUCCCACCCACAGUAUACCGGCUAGCUACUUUGCGACGCCCCCCAACGGAGUGCUGGGUCAUCCGUUUGGUGCUCGACCCGCUCCACAGGGACCACCGCCACCGCAUCCCUUUGUGCUGCCACCGCCAGGCAUGUUGCCACGUAGCUUUGCCGCCCACUUCGGUCCUCCGCCGCCACCGCAGCAUCCUUUGGCUUCAAUGCAGCCACCGCUGCCGGAGCUGCAGGGUGCGCUGGGUGCCCUGCUGGGCGCUGCGCCGCCAGUGACUGUGAUGGUGCCGUAUCCGAUCAUCAUACCGCUGCCGAUACCCAUCCCAGUGCCGCUGCCCAUUGUGGACUUCUACAAGGCGCAUCUGACGCCUGAGCAGCGAAAGCGCUACGAUGAGGAGCGAGCCACAGGAUCUGGCGUGACAGAGGAGCAGCCACAGCCACUGGACUGCAGCAAGGCCAAGUCUGAGAUGGAAGAGGAGGAGGAGGAGGCGACAAACACACAGAUAGAGCAGGAGGAGGUGCGUGAACAACAGGAGGAACAGAACGAACCGGAGCUGAAAUCCAUACCAAAGACAAUUGCAGCCAGAGUAGCGACACCAUCACCAUCCACAUCGCCCACCACAGACUCACCCAGCACCACGCACGAGGCGACGCACUGCAUCAUUGUGCACAAUGUGGAGCCGGAGGCGAACAACUCAACUGUCAAUGUCGGCGAUGGGGAGCUGGAGAACCAGAAGCUGCCCAAGAUCAAGAUCACACGGCUGCAAACCAAACGCACACUAAUCCAAACCAAAGAGACGACCACGCCCCCACGCUCGACAGGAACGCCCACAUCGCCGCCAGGCAGCAGCAGCAGUCAGAUUACAACUGCAGCUGAAUGUAGUCGGCCACUGCGCAAGCGAAAAAGGAUCAUUGAUUGUGAUUUCCAGAAGAUUGCGUUGCGGGAACUUGAGGAAAGCGAGUCACACAACAGCCACAACAAUAGCAACAAGGAGCAGGAGCAGAUGGAAGCGGAGGAGGAGCAAGUGUGCAAUAUGAACAGCAACAACAACAGUGCUAAAGCAACAAAAAAGUAGUAGAACAGAAGAGCGUAUAGUAGUAGCAUUAGAAGUAGCAAUUCUUAUUUAAUAGUAGUAUAUGCAAUACAUGCAAUAUUAUGAAUGUGUGUGCGUGCUGACUUUAUUAAUAUUACUAUGUAUUACAACUAUAAUCAUAAAUACAAUAUGUUUAGUAGUAGCACAAAGUGCGGUCGAAAUCUGAAUUUAA